UAAGAAGUAGUCAACCGUCAGUGGAUUAGAGAAUUGAGCAGGUUGUUCAACUGUGACUUUUGAGGAAAGCAUAGAAGUAAAGGAGUUGAAUAAUUCAUAAAACAGCUGUUGAUUAAAGAAUAGUUGCUAUAGCAGGAGGAGAUCUCAUGGGUCAUCAAACCGUGUUUCGUUCCAAAGUUCAUUCAAAUUCUAUCAUUUGCCCCACAAAAUAGUGAAACCGAAUGCAGCUUAUGAACUUGUUAAUUGAUGAUAAAGAGGAAGAGCUUCAAACCAGAAAAACAAGGCUUUAUCAAGCAGCCAUGAACGGAACAGUCUCAAUUCUAUCACAAAUCCUUCAAGAAGAUCCUCUAAUUCUCAAUUCAUUCCCCGUAUCUUCUUCUUCCAUGCUUGAAACUCCUUUACACGUAGCUUCCCUUCUGGGUCGGCUAGAAAUCACGAAAGGAUUCUUGACCCAGAAGCCCGAGCUCGCUAAAUCACUGAAUUCUAGGGGUUCCUCACCUCUGCACUUGGCUGCGGCAAAAGGAUAUGUGGAGAUAGUGAAAGAGUUGGUCUUGGUGAACCCAGACAUGUGUUUUGUGUUGGAUCAUGAUGGGCGGAGCCCUCUUCAUUUAGCUGUGAUUAAAGGCCGGGUUGAAGUUUUGACUGAGUUGAUCAGAGCUAAGCCGGAGGCGGCUUGGGUUUUGACUGGUAGAGGGGAGACUUGUCUGCAUCUGUGUGUGAAUUAUAAUCGGUUUGAGGUGUUGAAGGUUUUGGUUGAAAGAUUGAAGAAAGAGAUUGAUCAGUUUGUCAACUGGAAAGAUCAGAAUGGGAAUACCAUUCUCCAUCUUGCCGUGGCCAAAAAGCAGAUUGAGAUCAUCAAAUAUUUGCUGAUCAAUACAGAAAUUGAUGUUCAUGCUCGAAACGUUCUUGGUUUAACUGCUCUGGAUGUCUUGCUACAAAGCCAAGAAGACUUGAGAAACAUGGACAUUAAACAAUGUCUUGAACACGGUAGUUCUUCAUAUAUCAAACACACACCCUUAAGGGUACCAGUGGCAGAUGCAGCCAGAACUACUUCAUCGAUUGCCAGGUUGCAGAAUUUGCCGACUAUCAGCAAAAACAAGCAGCCCAACAAGCAUAAACAAACAGACUGGCUAGCUAAGAUGCGAAGCGCAUUAAUGGUUGUAGCAUCAUUGGUUGCUACUGUGGCCUUUCAAGCCGGACUAUCCCCUCCUGGGGGUGUAUGGGCCAGCGAUUAUGUUGUAGAUUCCAAUGGCAACCAAGUGGAAAACCCACAUUAUGCAGGUCAAUCAGUAAUGGCAAGUAAUCUCCAUCAAGCAUAUGGUCAAUUUUUGAUCUUCAACACCAUAUCUUUCCUUGCUUCCUUGAGCAUAAUCCUAUUACAGGUUAGUGGAUUGCCUCUAAGACGACAUCGGUGGAUGUGGACUCAACUGGUCAUAAUGUGGAUUGCCAUCAGUACUCAAAGCAUAACGUACUUCAUUAGUUUUGUUAAUUUGAGUCCUGGUCGUCUGAAAGGCACCCUCAGCCAUGUGACUUGGAUUUCAGUUCUAGUAUGGUUCUGUCUUAUGGGAGUUGUAUUCAUCAGUAACGUCGUUAGAGGGGUUCUCCAUGUGCUUAGAAAGAAAGGAUAUGUUAAGGAAAAAGAGAGGGAACCUACAAUUGCAGAAGAGGAGAAUGAUGAGACUGCCACCCCAUAUUGUAGUAUCAAUACCACUUUUUAUCAGUUAAUUCAUGAAGAUCCACUUGCUCUUGAUAAAGCUGCUUUGAAGUUUGAGGAUAAGAAUCCUCUUCACAUAGCAGCAAUACAGGGCCAUGUAGAUUUUGUAAAAGCAAUCUUACAAGUUAAAUCUGCUCAUUUUAUGUGUUGGACUCGUGAUCGAGAUGGUAGAAACCCUUUACAUCUUGCUGCCAUGUAUGGCAGAGUGGCAGUCUUGCAAGUGCUAAUUCAUGCCGGAUUUCGCGCAGCUCUGGAGAAGACAGACGGCGGGGGAACCAUUUUACACCUCUGCAUCAAAUACAAUCAGCUGGAAGCAUUGAAGAUAAUGGUUGGCAAAUUAAAAGAUCCAGAGUUCGUGAAUGCCAAAAAUGAAGAUGGCAUGACCAUAUUGCACCUGGCCGUGUACUAUGAGCAACAUGAGACAUGCUUGACCUCAAAAUCCCAGCCUUUAUCCAUCCUGCUUCUAAUAAGUUUGAUGAGGUUUAGGCGGAGUCACCAAAAGUUCAGAAAUUUCAAGGUCUCUUCAGGAGGCUGGUGCCUUGAAAGCCAAGGAUAUUCACUCCCUAUUGACGACCGGAAGCUCAAGCAGCUAGAGUGGUUCGACAAAAGCAGAGAAGCACUAAUGGUGGUGGCCAUACUUAUUGCAACCAUGGCUUUUCAAGAUGGGAUAAGCCCUCCAGGAGGUGUGUGGCAAGAUGACUUGUUAGAAGGACCAAAUCCACACACAAUAGGAGAAGCUGUUAUGGCACAAAAGCAUCCAAAAUAUUACUGGCUUCUGAUUCGGACAAACACAAUAGCAUUUGUUUCAUCUCUGAGCACAAUUAUUUUGCUCAUUCGUGGGUCGAGCAUCCCCAGCAAGUACUUUAUGCCGCUGUUGGCCUUCGUCAUGUGGCUAGCCAUUGCAACCAUAGCCAUACCUUAUGCUAUAGCACUUGUUACAGUAGCACCAAAAGGAGCAAGAGGGCGGCAAUUGGGUAAUACAAGUGAUAUUCUAGUCAUCCUACUCAUGGUCUGGAGCGGUUGGAUGGUCGCAACCCUGUAUGAGAUAAACGCUCUGUUCAAGAAAUGGCUGAAAAUUCGCCGGAUGGACAGCAGAAGCUACUUGUUUUCUGAUUUUGGCAGUCAGGUGCUCUCUCGGCUCAGCUUGCGGGCACCCAGGCCUAAUGGCAGAGUUACUCCACCUACCCCAACCCCACAACCUUGACAUGCGGUUUUCUGUUUCUGGGAAUUGUAGAGUGACAAAUGGACAGAAGGGUUUGUGAUGCAGCACUGGAAGGAGAUGUACCAGUUUUUAUCAGUUAAUUCAAGAAGAUCCACUUGUUCUUCGUAAAGCUGAUUUGAAGUGUGAGGAUAAGAAUUCUCUUACGUGUGUUUAGUGCGUGAUUGUUGAAGAAUUUUCAAAAUAAAGAGUUGCAACUCUAAUGACUAGUAGUUGGUUAUGGUGCCUAUUCACUAAAGCCAUGGAUUAGCGAAUGGGUAUGU